AUGGCCCCAACUGCUAGACAUAGUUCCAGACAUAGAAGAAGGUUUAAUCCUUACUCCAAGCCACAGGUUUCUCGAGGACAUCCAAAGAAAUACUAUUACAAAAGUCCUAAAGUGUUUGUCGAAGAGCCUGAAUCUGAGGGAGAUGAAUCUGAAAUAGUUGAGUCUGAAGAAGACGAAAGCGCUUACUUAGAAGAAGAUGAUGUUGCCUACGAAGUGGUAAGUGACGAUAGUGAAUCUAGUGACAGUGAUGAAGAAGAAUUAGAAGGUGAAGUUUUCGAACACGAUGGUGAAUUAUACUACGAAGACCCAGAAACUGGGAAGAUUUACAAUGUUGAACCUGACAGCGACACUGACAGUGAAGAUGACGAUGAAAAUAUUGAAGUUAGUGAUUCCAGUGAUGAAGAAUUGGAAGGUGAAAUCUUUGAAGAUGAUGGUGAAUUAUACUACGAAGACCCUGAAACAGGAAAGAUUUAUAACGUUGAAGCUGACAGUGACAGUGAAUCCGACGAAGACGACGAGGACAUGUCAUCCGACGAAGACGUUGAAAGUGCUGUUGUCGAAUUAGUUCCUGAAUCCGAAACCGAAUCUGAAUCUUCAGACUCUUCUGAAUCCGAAUCUUCUUCUGACUCUUCCUCCGACUCUAAUUCUUCUGACUCUUCUGACUCAGACUCAGACUCAGACGACUGUGACAAUUGCGAGGAUUGCGAAUGUGAUGACGAAUGUGACGACUGUGAAUGUGACGAUUGCUUUGAUUGUGACAACUGUGACGGUUCUGCCUGUGAUGAAUCUGACGAUUCCUCCGAUAGCGACAUUUCUGACGAUCUUUGUGAUAAUUGCAGAGCUGAAGAAUCUUCCUCUGAUGAAGAAUCUUCCUCUGAUGAAGAAUCUUCUUCUGAAUCUUCUGACUCGGAAGACGAAGAGAUUUACAUUGUUGACUUAAACGAUGAAUUAGAAAAUAAUGCCUUGGAUCAAUUAGAAUAUGAAGGUAAAGUCAAAGACUUGAAUAACGAAGUGGUUAGAUACUACGACGAAGAAUCUGAAUUUGAAGACGAUGAAUCUUCUGAAGACGAAAAGGAAAACUACUUUCUUGUGCUUGAUAACGAAGGCGACUCAGAAGAAGACAACACUGAGCUUGUAAGAAGAGAGUUUUAUGAAGCUUUACACUCUCCUGAUGAAUACUCCUCUGAUGAAGAUAGUGAAUUAGGUUCUGAACCCGAAUACAUCGAGCUUUCUGACGACAACUUGUCAUCAUCUGAAUCUAGCUCUGAGGAAGAAUUGGAUUACGAAACCUCAGAUGAUGAAGGCAUUACUAUUUACAGACACAGAUUUGAAUCUGACUCCGAUGAAGAAUUGGAUUCUGCUUCUUCUGACGAAUCUGACUUUGAAAUUUACGACGAAGAUGGAUUAUUGGUUGCUGACGAUUCUGAAGAUGAAGUUGAGGUUGUUGACAUGACUGAAGAUUUGGAAGACUCUAAAGAUUGCGAAGUCACUGAUGAAGACGGUCAAUACAAGGUUGUGAUGCGUUUUCCAAGUGCUAUUAAGGACGAAUACAGAAUCAACUUCAAGAAGAGCGAAAACGCUUUAGUGAUCUCUGGUAAGUUCAACUUUGGUGUCUAUCAAAACGAUGAGGAAGCUGAUGUCGAAGUUGCUGCUACCGAAGAAACUGCUAAUGCAAAUGAAGAAGAAGAAGAAGAAGAAGAAGGAGAAGAAGAAGUAGAAGCUGAAAUUGUUGUUGAAGAAGAACAAGAAGAAGAUAAGAGUGAACCGGAACAAAAGACACAAGAAGAAGGUACCGAUAAAGAAGAAAUUGUUACCAAAGAAGCUGAAGAAGAUGAAGUUUCUGAGCAAUAUGGAAAUGACGAAGACUCUGAAUCUGCUGAAUCUUCUCACGAAUGGUCUGGUUUCGUAGGAGAAGAAGAAGUUUCUGAUGAAGAAUCGGAUGACUCUGAAGAUGAAGAAAUCUUGGAAGACUCUCACUUGUUGAUUGAAGCAUUCAAGAACCAAGAAAUACAAUUUGAAAAAUAUAUUGAAUUCCCAAAGGUCAUUAAGUAUAACGAAAUUACUUCUUUCUUCAAUGAAGACGAUGAGUUGGUGUUGAAUGUUCCAUAUGAAGACAUUGAAGUUGCUGAAGAUGAUAUUGUUUCUGUUCCUGUUGCCGGACUUAUACUUCCUUCUGCUGAUGCCGAUGCCAUGGAUGUCGAAGAAGAUGAGGGAAAUGAUUCCUCUGAAACCGAAGAAAUGAAGGAUCAAAAUGACGAAUUUGCUGAUGCAUCAAUGGAACACUAA